AUGGCCCACCACGUUCAUGGCAGACGAUCGGCCAGCGACAAAUGGCCGCCGUCACUGCCAGACCAGCAAGAAACCCUGGUAGACAAGACAUUUGUGUUCAGCGCUGAUGAGCUUAUUGCUUCGACAUUAGUUGGGCGAGGCAGCUUGCUUAACAAGCCUGGCAGGCUAGUAACGCUCAAAACUCGUUCGAUAACCUCAAAGAGCUCAGACUCUGAUGAGAAUACAAGCGCAGAAGCUGCUGGCGGUAUCAGAGUUGUGAGCACUCCUGGGCGUUUCUUUGGUGAAAGGGACUGGACACGCUCUACAGUCAAACGUAAACAGGACCAUGCCUCGUUAGAUGCCGAGUUUGAUGACCAUUCUGGGCAUAAUCAUCGUCAGCGCCACAGACAUCGUCAAGUCAAGAAAUGGCUGGAAGAUGAUGAACCGCGUGAUGAAGUUCCGCAUCGUGCCAAACCUGGUAGACGAUCACUCGGCCAUGGACGGCCAGUGAUUGGAAGGGUUGGCGAUGUUGACAAGCGACCCCGAGCACCGUCUGGAGGCUCUCGUUAUGCAUCUUCUGGUACACAGACUGCCGGUGGAUCAUCAUCGCCUCCUGCUGGCGAUAGACCUGUACUUCCUGGGCAGACUGGAGGUGAUAAGCCUGGGGGGAUUGGCUCUGGAAGUCCAUCUGCCAGUUUGCCUACCUCAGCUCCAAUGCCAGGAAGCGGGCAGGCACCAAGCGGAGUAUUGCCUCCAGUUUCGGCAGUAGACCCAAGAUUGACAAAUCCUUCUGCUGGCCCUGUGGCUCCAGGAACCAUUGCUGGACCUGGGACUGGAGUCAUUCCUGCCCCUAAGCCUGACGUUCCUGUUCAAACAGGACCGGGUCUUCAGCAACCUAAACAUGCUGGAGAUGUCGGGACUUCGCCUGCAGCUCCUCCAGUAUCGAGUGGUCAAAACGUCCUACCACCAGCCUCAGGCCCAGGCGGCCCAUCUGUUCAGCAACCUACCCAUGGUGGAGAUGUUGCAACUCUACCUGCGGCUCCUCCAGUAUCAAGUCAGCCAAAGGUCCUGCCACCAACGUCAGCUCCUGCUGGCCCGUCUGUAGCACCCAUCACAAACCCAGUUACGAGCACACCGAGCUUCCCUUCCCCUCCGCAACAGCUUAUACCCCUCAAAGACCAAUACAUGCUCGCAGCGACAGGUCAGACAACUCAAAUCCGCAGUGCAACACCAGGUAUCAGCGCCGGUACCGUCCCGUCUGAUCACAUCGUCUUCUCUACCCCAGACACCGGCACACAGGCGUUUCUGACUUCGUCAGGACCCAUAGUCUUUGAGACUUCCCUGGAAGCAAUUAAGACCAACAUAACCGAGUUCCCACUCUCGCUGAGUGAUCCUUUGCGACGAGACUUUGGCGCAGCUUGGAAACUUGACGAAAAUGCAUCUUACCUUCAGAGUGCUGAUGUCAACUUGAGGCUUGGCUCGGAUGGUAAAUCUCUCGAAAUGACCGGUCUCAAGGUCAAGGUAUCCAAAGAUGGAAACACCACUCCUCUUGUGUUCUCUACUGAUGCGGAAGUUCUCAAUGAUGAGUUUGAGACUGGCUUCUUCCACGCAUCAAAAGAUGCCAAGAUUACCACGCUUACCGGUAUUGACCGCUACCCCGGUCAUCUCCUUCUUGGAUUGGAGACAAGCUCUGCCAAUGGCGGCUUCAAGGAUCUCGCCGAUCUUUGUGCAGUGGCUCACAUCAACCCCAAGCCUUGGCUUAAGACAUUGCUCAAAGGGACCGCAAUCACGUUUGGCGCUUUGGCUGGUACGCCAGCUCGCAACGCGAUGUGGUAUAUUCCAGGUUCAGGCUCUGGGUGCUGCGUCCGGCUCGAGGCCUCUCUCACCCUCAACGGCAAAAUAGGCGAGAUACUUAACAAAUACCUCGCGGGUUGGAAUGACCACAUCCCCCCGGUGUCUGUCAUUGCUAAGAGGACUGUUUCACCUACGUCUGGGCCAUGGGGAGACGCCUUCACUAUCGGAGAACUCACCAUCGCUGCGGAGCCAGACAUCAAGGGCGAGAAGCGUGCGAUGGGUAUGUACGUCACCAUAGGAGAAGAUCACAUCAACAUAUUUUUCGUGUGCUAUUCGAAAGCGCUUCAGUGGGAAGCUCUCAAGGCGUGGAUCAGGAAGACCUGCACCGAAGUAGGCACUGCCAUUGAUGACCUGGAGAAGAUUCUCCUCAAUACUGGACACGGGUCCAAAGCUCAGAAUACCAGUACUUCUCAUAUAUACUGGAGAAGGGUGACCGUUACUCUUCUGAACAACCCGAACGGCGGUACAACUCUUGCCGGUAUGCGCCUGGAGCUUGAGGCUUCUAUGCAAGUGCUUGUUCCCAAGGAUAAGCAUUCAGUCUUCACUAUGGAAUUCACCUGGACUAAGGGAACUGGAGAAUUCUCAGGCGAGUGUGCCUUCAAUGGCAUCGGGACUGUGUUGGGACAGGGCAACCCUCCUCUGCAGUACUAUCUUGACUACGAGCGAUGGGAACAGUUCCCCUACCUUGAUCCGUCAGAGCCAUUUAUGUCGCUCCGUUACCUCGACAGUAGCUUCGUACAGAACUUACCGUUUGGCGUGCCUACUGAGAUCACAGAGGCAGAUCUCUACGUCUCCAAUAAGAGUCUGCGUAUCAGUGGUCGCCUUGAAGCUUUGAUCGGAAAACUAACUGAGACUUCAGUAGUCUCAGAUCCUUCUAAGAUACCGUCUCUGCAGAUCGAUCAUACCACGCUAGGGUUCUCAGUCAACUACGUUUACGCUUCAAAGGCUUUCAAUGUAGUUCUUGAUGGAGCUAUCACACUUCUUCCUUUCAAGGAAGGUGAUAACCCGGCGUCACUGGAGGCCAUGAUAACAUACUCAUCACUGCAAAGCCAAGUCUCAUUCCGCGCGCAUGCAUCAUAUAUCCCAAUGACAGCCCUGCACUCUCUAUUUGCUGCCGGAGAAGAGAAAACACAUGCGAUGUCUAUCCUGGAGAGCAUUGAGUUACAGCGCAUUGCUCUUGACAUUACCGCUGGCAAGGCACAGCCAACUCAGAUCAAGUUUGAAGCGAACCUCAAGAUCUCCAAUGUUCUACUGGUGACUAAAUUCACGCGUACGGAUGCGAAUACCUGGAAGCUUACUGCUGAAUUACAAAAAGAAAAAUUGGCUUCUGGUAAGGCGUCUAAAGAGUUCACUCUCGGCGACGCUGUGCAAAAGCUUCUGGGUCAGGAAGUUCGAGAAAUCCUUCCAGGCUUUGUUACGGGCACCACCUUCAAGGCAUCUAAUCAUGAUGAAGACAAGUUCGACGUCUUUGUGACUCGUCUCAAUGGUACAAAGCCGCAUAUAAUCUUUGGUGCAGAGCUCAAAUUUGGCAUGCUCCACGUCCAAUUUGCGCAGUUGGUUCCUAUCACCGGAAAGACAGACAAACCAUCACCAAUCAAGAGACUGAUACGCGUGUCUCUGGGUCCUCUACCAUCAAUUUCUAAGCUCCCCAUCCUCGGAAACCUGGACAUACCGUUCGAUGCCCUUGAGUUCCUCUGGGUCAACACUAUGUUCACACAAGAGGAUAUUAGUACUCUUAAUGGAAGUGCCCAGAUGUUCCUGGAUCAGCCAUUCAAGAUGAGACCUGAGGAUAAAGAGUUAUCCGAAGGCUUUCACUUCCGUCUUGUUGGUAGCCAAGGUGUCUUCCUCGACCAUGUAUUUGGUCAGGAUAAGCAAGAGAAGAAAACGCCAGCGGGCGCAGCUGCUCCCGGAUCAAAGGCAACCCCGGCUCCUGUCCAGGAGAAGAAACCAUCCACAGAGGCAGUUGUCCCCAGCGGAGGCGCUCCGGCUACAACAGCCGCGCUUGCGAAGAAGAAGGGACCUCUCACUCUCUCGGGUAUCUCGUUGUCUUACGAGGGAGGUGUCUUGCGCAUCCAUCUUGAUGCCAGCGUCCUCAUCGGACCCAUCAGUGCUGGUAUCCAAGGUCUUAAUCUUGUUGUCAGACUCGACUCCAAGCAGAUUCAUGGACUACACGACAUCCUCCAUGUUCCGAUCGAGGUCGAGGUCGAGGGAUUCGACAUGUCGUUCACUCGUAUGCCAAUCCAAAUCGCAGGUGCACUGCAUCACAAGCCUGGCACCAAAGCGUACUUUGGAGGUGUUGCUAUCUCGUUGAGCACCUUUUCUAUUGCAGCACUUGGCUCGUAUGAGCAAGUCCCAGCCAAUGCCGAAACAGGUACACCAGAAUAUGAUUCUUUCUUCAUAUACGCUAUGAUGGAAGGACUCAUUUUCACGAUGGGCUGGGCCGAGGUUCGUGGUCUCAUGGCUGGCUUUGGCUACAACUCACGUCUCCGACUACCGACCGUGGAGCAGCUGUCUAAAUUCCCACUCAUUCAGGGUUUCGACCAGUCGGGAGGCUUCAAUAUGAACGAAGCUAUCAAGUCCUUGACUGGCCCUGAUGCUUUUGUGACGCCUAGUAUGGGCUCCAUUUGGCUGGCACUUGGUCUUGUCAUCCGAGCUUGUGAGGCUAUUGACAUGCGUGCUGUUGCAACAGUAGCCCUCGGACCCAAUCAGACUGAUAUUGGUUUGAUUGCUCGUGCAACUGCUACCCUUCCUCGACGUGCAAGCCCCGAUAAGGCUCUUGUUCUCAUUGAUCUUUCCGUGGUUGGCAAACUCGACCUUGUCAAUGGCGAGCUCUCAGUUGAUGGUCUCAUCAAUCCCACUUCUUUCAUCCUCAACAAGGAUUGUCGUCCCUCUGGUGGAUUUGCCAUCAGAAGUUGGUUCGGCAAGAAUAACCCGCAUUCAGGUGACUGGGUCGUUAGUUUCGGCGGUUAUCAUCCUAUGUACCAAGUUCCAGCGCAUUACCCUCGUCCACAGCGAUUGGGUAUCUCGUGGACGCUCAGCUCAAACCUCAGGGUCACUGGCAAUGCAUACGCUGCUAUUACACCAGGAGCCAUUAUGGCGGGAGGAAUGCUGCAAGCAGUCUUCUCUGCUGGUCCUCUUGGUGCACACUUCGAUGCUCAUGCCGACUUCCUGGUCAACCUCAAGCCCCUACACUAUGUGGCCGACAUGGCAGUAUCUGCAGGCGUCUAUUAUGAGAUUAGGGUCUGGCGCUUCAGAAAGAAGAUCUCCGUCAACGUCGGAGCUUCCCUCCACCUUGAAGGACCACCAAUCCAUGGCAGCGUGCACUUUGAUCUUUCCGUGGUCAGCUUCACCGUCAGCUUUGGUUCUGGAUCCUCUGAGGGCAAGAGAGCUAUCAGCCUACGUGAGCUUAUGGCGCUUGUGCUACAGGAAGCAGGUGAUACACGGAAAGAAGACAAUACCAUUGUCAACCCUCAUACAUUCACAGCCGUGUCUGGUCUUCUUGGCGAUGACAAGAAGAAGAGCGACACCGUCAACAAAGCUUCAGGUAACAAGGUGGCUGCUGAUAAGGAGCGUUGGCACGUCCGUAGUGACAACUUCAUCUUUUCUGUUCGAAGUGCGGUCCCAACCAAUUCCAUUGGGAUCGAGGGCCGUGGCGCUUCGCAAUACACGGGCAACUCCAUUAUCAGCAGACCCAUGCAGAUGAAGAAGGAAACAAGUGACUCUUCAAAGAUCAAGUCGACGCUGAGCGUCAAGGUCUGGAAUCCCAAGGAGCAGAAGAUCAUUCCCUUCCGCGAAGUAGCCAAGGUUGACGAUCAAUUGCCAGCCAACUACUGGGGCCCUUACUCAGAGAAUACAGCAGACUACAUGAGGCCUGAUAGGAUGCCACCUACAGUCUCUCACCUCGUCGGCGCGACUCUCGUGCCACCAGUACCUGCUGCUCCUGAGCAGUCCAUUCCUGUGUUCAAGUCCAUGCCACAAGACUACAAGCCUUCGACAUGGCAACCUGAAAAGAUCAUAAAGCGCGUUCGCUAUCUCGAUCAUGCCAAUGCUAGAGACAGUGUUAAGUGGUCUCGUGUCAAGGGCGCUAUGGGCUUGGAACCCGAAGCAAAAAGGGAGAAGCCUCCUAUGGACACAAUCCUACUGACGGAAGCCGGAGCGGCAAAGCAGGCUGCUGCUCCUGGACCUCUCCCGACCAAACCAUACCGUCAAGGUAUCUUGGAUAGCUUCAUCAGCCUGGCCCACGGCGGUACAGACGCGGAGAGCCUCAAGGUGCAAAAAGCGUACAGUGGCAUUGGUGCUAAUGUUCCCGAUGUCAUCUUGAACGACCCGCAGCGCUUUUACAUCGGUCCUCCAACAGUGUUCUGCAACUAA